AUGUCCAGCAACGACGAUCCAGCUUCCCAGCACCCCGCUGCUGCUAUUGAGGCGGCCGAUGGACCAGCUGACGAGAGUGAAUUCGAGCCUGUUAACUGGGAUGCGUCCUCGGUCGACUCUGUCUCGCUCAGCUCCAGCGUCUACGCGCACGAGUACGAAAAUGGUCGUCGCUACCACAGCUAUCGCCAUGGGCGCUAUCCCAUGCCCAAUGACGAGACAGAGCAAAGUCGCGAGGACAUGAAACAUACCAUGUUGCUCGAGCUGACCGAUGGAAAGUUGAUCUACGCACCCAUUGGCGAGACCCCUCAGAGAAUCAUCGACAUCGGAACUGGAACUGGAACUUGGGCAAUUCAAGUUGCCGACCUUUUCCCUGCCGCUGAAGUUCUUGGGAUCGAUUUGUCUCCAAUUCAACCUACUUGGAUCCCCCCGAAUGUAAAAUUCCUUGUCGACGAUGCCGAGGAUGAAUGGCUCAACGGGGAUGACUUUGAUUACGUCCACCUGCGUUCUGUAGCCCCCGCGCUCAGAAAGCUAGACCGUGUCUUGACCCAGGCAUAUGAGCACAUGAAGCCCGGUGCUUGGAUCGAGUUCCAAGAGCUUCACGGCCAAGUCCACUGCGACGACGGUACCAUGCCUGAAGAUGACAAGCUCAAGGAAUUUUACGAGCUUACCGUCGAAGCCUUUGCUGGCCUCGGCAUCAUGUUUCACAUUGCACGAGACCUGCGGCCCCAUCUCGAGGCUGCAGGAUUCAAGGAUAUCCACUGUGAGGUGAAGAAGAUCCCUGUCGGGACCUGGCCCAAGGACAAGACCAUGCGGCUCAUUGGGCAAUACAUGAAGGGCGUCGUUGCCGAUGCUAUCCCGGCCUUCGCCGGUAAACCCUUUGAGGCUCACGGCAUCUCGAAUGUCGAGAGUCAAGUGUGGCAAGCGACGGCCAAGAAGGAGCUUGAGGACAGGACUAAGCACCGGUACCUCAACUUUUACUUCUGGUACGCGCAAAAGCCUGAAGACGCUCCCGAGCAUGAUGCUGGCGCAGGCUCUUCGGGUGAGGAUGACGCUUGA